AUGGCGCCUUCUUUCGACCACCUCCGCGAGGCCGACCUUGACGACGACGAGUUCAACGAGGAUGAUAUUGAUAUCUCCGAUCUGCGAGAACGAUUUGAAGUUUCACUGGAGCAAGGAUAUGACAGCUUCGUCGUCAUUGAUGGCCUACCUCAGGUCACAGAGGAGCAGAAGCCCAAGCUGGUCAAGUUCUUGUUGAAGAAGCUCAACACUGUCGGCAAGGCACGAGAGGACUCGGUACACAUGCCCAUGGGCGACGAUGGAAAGUCUCUUCGAUUCGCUUUUGUUGAAUACUCCUCACCCGCCGAGGCUGCCGCCGCUACUCGCCAGCUCGAUCUUACCCCCCUCGACAAGAAGCACACUCUUCGCGUCAACAAGUUCACCGAUAUCGAGCGAUAUGGACGAGAAGGUCGCAUUGACGAGACCUACCAACCCCCUCACAUCGACGAGUUCACCGAGAAGGAGCAUCAGCGAUGGUUCCUCAAGGACCCCUCAGGCCGCGGCCGUGAUCAGUUUGUCAUGUUCCGCGACGAGAACGUUGGCGUCUACUGGAACAACGAGAAGGACCAGCCCGAGAACAUCGUUGAGCGACAACACUGGACUGAGACAUUUGUUCAGUGGUCUCCUCUAGGAACAUACCUCACCUCCGUCCACGCCCAAGGUGUUCAGCUCUGGGGCGGCCCUUCGUGGGCAAGACAAGCCCGAUUUGCCCACCCCUUUGUGAACCUUGUCGCUUUCUCUCCUGGUGAGAAGUACAUCGUCACAUGGUCCAACCGCCCUAUCUCUAUCCCCGACGAGGGCCACCCUGCUCUCUCCAUCGACGACCACGGCAAGAACUACGUUAUCUGGGAUAUCGCGACCUGCUCCCCUCUUCGAUCUUUCGCUAAUCUCGAACCCCCGAAGGUGGAGGAUGGCAAGCCCCCGCCUAAGAUGCAGUGGCCUGCCUUUAAGUGGUCGUCCGACGAUAAGUACGUCGCCCGCCUCAACCCUGGCCAGUCCAUCUCCGUCUACGAGCUCCCCCGUAUGAACCUUCUCGACAAGACUUCUAUCAAGAUUGAUGGUGUUGUGGACUUUGACUGGGCUCCCGCCACCCCCAAGCGUGAUAGUAUCAAGGAAUACGAGCAGCUUUUCUGCUACUGGACUCCCGAAAUCGGCAGCAACCCCGCAAAGGUCGGACUUAUGAGCAUUCCCUCAAAAGAGGUCGUCCGAUCCCUGAACCUCUUCAGUGUUAGCGAUGCUAAGCUUCACUGGCAAUCCGACGCCGCCUACAUUUGUGUCAAGGUCGACCGUCACUCCAAGUCCAAGAAGUCUCAGGCCACCACACUUGAGAUUUUCCGCGUCAAGGAGAAGGGUGUUCCUGUUGAAGUUGUCGAUACCAUCAAGGAUACCGUCAUCAACUUCGCUUGGGAGCCCAAGGGUGACAGGUUCGCUAUUAUUUCCACAACCGAGCCUGUGGGCGUCACUGCUGUUCCCCCAAAGACUGCUGUCUCUUUCUUCUGCCCUGAGAAGGCCAAGAAGGGUCAGCAAGUGGGUAACUUCAAGCAUCUCCGAACACUCGACAAGAAGAACAGUAACGCCAUUUACUGGUCACCUCGUGGUCGCUUUGUUGUUAUUGCCACCAUUGCCAACCAGCAGAGCUCUGACCUUGACUUCUUCGACCUCGACUUUGAGGGCGAGAAGCCCGAGGCCGAGAAGGACCUUACUGCCAACCUUCAGGCUAUGAACACUGCCGACCACUACGGUGUUACAGAUGUUGAGUGGGAUCCUUCGGGCCGUUUCGUCGCCUCCUGGGCUUCUGCCUGGAAGCACUCGAUGGAAAACGGUUAUCACAUCUACGAUUUCAAGGGUGAGGCCCUACGAGAAGAGCCCCUUGAGAAGUUCAAGCAGUUCUCGUGGCGUCCUCGACCCGCGACUCUGCUCACCAAGGAGGAGCAGAAGUCUGUUCGCAAGAACCUCCGAGAAUACAGCCGUGUCUUCGAGCAAGAAGAUGCCGACCGUGGUGCCUCUGCCGAUUUGGCUGUUGUUGAAGCUCGCAGACGCAUGCUUGAGGAGUGGCACUCGUGGCGCGAGUCUAUGGAGGCCGACGUGCUGGAAGAGCGCGAGGUUCUCGGCCUACCAAAGGACCCUCAUGCUCCUCUGCUAGAGGCCUACACAAAGUCUUUGGAGGGCACAACAUCAGAGGAGGACCGAGUGAUUGAGGAGAUCGUGGAGGAGGUUCUAGAGGAGAGUGAGGAGAUUCUCGCUUAG